GCGCACACCCAGAGGAGUCUGAGCUCGGCUGUCCUGAGCCGUCAUGGUGCCAAAUGUCCAUCUCCGUCUCAACGGCCUCGAACAACAUAAAGAUGAGCUCCGAGCUGUCUGCAGGACUCUGGGGUUUGGCACAGGGAAGCAUUCCCGGACAUGACACUACGACACACCACCAGAAGUCCUGCUUCACCGUGGAGCUUGCCGAUGCCCCUAGAUCAGCCGUCCACUGCGUUGAGCUCCCCAGCACUGCGACAGGGUGCAGUGCUGCUUGCGACACUGGUGUCCCCACACAAGCAGCUGCCCGAGGCCCAUCUGGCCCUCGUGUGGACCUGGUGCCGCCUCCCUACCCAGUGGGCUCCAGCUCUGCAGCUGUGCAGAGGCAUCUCAUCUACACCCCGCAGUCUGCAGGGGACCCCUUUGGAGCCCUCACCUCUUCCUUUAGAGGAGGACCUGUGACAUCUUGGACGGUCACUCUAGGCAGCAGGAGAGCAGCCCGAAGGCUCCUCGGAGACGGGAGGGACCUGCUGCUGCGGAACGCACCCUCCACACGCCCAGUGCCCACCUGGCAUGAGGCCUCUUUCCUGCAGUCCCAGCCAGGCCACAGUGACUACAGGGAAGGAGUGACUGUGGCCAGGGCCUUGUGUGACCCUGCAGGCCAGCCUGAGAACCCUGACUGUGUUCUGAGGGUGCAGGGGCCCCCUGAGCUCAUGGAGACCUGA